AUGCCAUUAAAAACGGCAACUUUCUUCAUUUAUUAUUGGGCAAAUAAAGAAUCGUCUAAGGAAAGAAUGAAAAAGGAAUUGAAGCUGGAUCAAGGUACGACUGUAGACUGGAACAGCUUUUUGAGAGAGGUGUGCCUUUUUAUGGAGAAAAAGAAUGAAAAUAUGAUAGGAGGAAAAGGGUUUACUGUGGAAGUGGAUGAAACCCUGCUUGCCAGAAGAAAGAAUCAUUCUGGAAGAAUGUUGGGGCAGCAGUGGUGCUUUGGUGGUAUCUGCAGGGAAACUAAAAAGUGUUUCGUGGAGCCUGUAGCAGAUAGGACUUCUGAGACUUUAAUGAAGGUGUUGAAGAGAAGGGUGGCUCCAGAAACCCUAAUAAUCUCAGAUAUGUGA